AGUUGCCCCAACCCUUGUUCAUUAAAACUCCCUAGUUUUUUAAAUUCCACUUGGUUCGCUCUGUUUGUGACUCGAAAAAUUCACAACAAGAAUCCCAAUUCCACGCCAAUUCCAAAUUCCAAAUCCAAUUCCACGUCCCGUCUUCCCUAAACCUCUCACCAAUGUACUCAUCCAAGUCCGGCCGAGUUGGCGGCGGCGGCGGCUCAGGCCGCGGACCCGGAGCCGGCAAGCUUGGCCGACCCUCCUUCCCUCCACCCCACCGCUCCUCCGCCCACACCACCAGCCGCCUCUCCCUCGGCGGCGGCUCCAAUCCGAGAGGCCGCAACUCAGGCCCCCCCACGGCAUCAGCCGCCGCCCCGCCGGCCGUGGAAGAGCAGUUCAGUUUAGUCCCCGGCCGCAACCCACUUGCUUUCUCCGUGAUCAUUCGUAUGGCGCCGGACUUGGUCGAAGAAAUCAAGCGCGUCGAGGACCAAGGUGGGGCGCCCCGCAUCAAGUUUGGUCCGUUGCCUAAUAACCCAAUGGGCAAUGUUAUUGAUCUGGGUGGGAAGGAAUUUACAUUUACAUGGGACAAGGAAUUGGGUGACCUCUGUGACAUUUAUGAAGAGCGUGAAAGUGGUGAAGGCGGAAAUCGUUUGCUAGUUGAAUCAGGAUGUGCAUGGCGCAAAAUUAAUGUGCAGCGUAUCUUAGAUGAGUCAACCAAGAACCGUGUUAAACAGUGGUCAGAGGAAGCUGAGCGCAAGAAUAAAUCCCGCAAAGCCAUUGUGCUAGAACAAUGUAAAGCUCCAACAAAUCAGUUAAAGCAAUAUGAUACUACAGCAGCUAAUCAACCAUGGAGGAAUUUCAAACAUAAAAUAGAGCCUCCAUUUAAGAAGCAGAAAGUUGAACUGCCUCAAGCUCCCCCUAAAACUACAUUUAAAACUGGAACGUCAUCAGCAACUACUGCAAAGGGCAGGUACUCAUCGUCACCUCUUCCAACUCUACCUGAGCAAUCUGGGGCUCUAUCAUCUCCAUUAAAAACUGGAAAUAGUUUGAAGAGUCAUGCAAGUGCAGAAGAUGUUAUACCCUUUCAAGUGACUAGAAAAGAUAAGCCUGCUCCGAGCUCUGAUAAAGAAAUCCCAAUCAGGAACAGUACUGCACCACGACAAACAGUGGGCAAAGACAAUAGUGGAGCUAACCCUACAGAUUUGCAGAGUAUGUUGAUUGUUUUGCUCACGGAGAAUUCCAAGGGGAUGAGAAUAAAGGAUUUAGAGAAAGCUAUUGCAGAUUCAUAUCCAAACUCUAUAAAGAAAAUUGAGCCUAUUAUUAAGAAGAUUGCUAAUUAUCAAGCUCCAGGGAGAUAUGUUUUGAAAUCAGGAGUGGAGUUAGAAAGCUCAAAGAAACCUUUGUCUGAAAGUGGAAGUUCUCCCGAGGAGAAACUUCACCAGGAACCUGCUCCUGAUGGUAAUCGUGAUCAAAUGCCUGUUCAAGCACCACACUUUGAGGAGAAAGUUUCUCCUAAUGGGUUGGAGGAGCAGGUUCACGAACAAUUGAAUGCUACAGUUGGUCAGGAUUCAAGUGUAUUGAUUAAAAUUGAUAACCAACAGCAUUCCCUUGAUUUGUUUGGUGAAAAAAGGGGCUCCGACAAUAAUGAAGCGCUAGUAGGAAGCUCUAGCGAUACUGGGAGUGACAGUGACAGUGAUAGUGACACUAGCGAUACCGGAAGUGACAGUGGCAGUCAUAGCAGAAGCAAAAGUAAAAGUCCAGCACGAAAUGGGAGUGGGAGUAGUAGUGAUAGUGAAAGUGAUGCAUCUUCUAAUAGCAAGGAAGGUUUUGAUGAGGAUGUGGAUAUUAUGGCAAGUGACGAUGACAAAGAACUGAAGCAUCAAUUGCAAGACUCUGAACCAGGGUUUUCUACUUUGCCCGUCCCAUGGAGAACUCUUGAUGGCAAAGCUGUGCAGAGUGGGAAUGAUGAGAAGCAAGAUGAUCAUGAAGUUGACGCAGUUGAGAUUGAAAAACAGUUGCUUGAUGCCGAUCAGGUUACUGAAUUGGCUCCAGUUAGUAACUCUAAUCAUAAUAAAAGUGAACCUCGAGAAGAAACAAAACCCUUUUCACCUGAGCAUGGUGAGCUGCAAGACCACCAAAGUUUGGUAGAUCCUUUGUAUGGAGGGGAGAGUACAGCCAAGGAUGACUUUAGGUAUGAGCAGUCUGACAGCUCUGAGAGGAUAUCUAAAGGUACAUCCAAAAUGGCAUCUGGGAUAAAGCACUCUGAUGAGAAAUCUGAACGCAAAAAUAGAUUAAAAACAGACGUAUCACAGCAACCUUCUCACAGUUUGUCUCCUGAUAGACUUUUUGAAGGCUCUCAUAAGGACCCUGUCUCUCAAACGAUUAGUAGAGAUGAUAGGGAUGGGAAUAUUGAAUCUGGAUCCCUAAAGGCUUGCAACCAAGCAUUUUCUGGCAGAUAUACUUCAGAGUUUAAACAAUCAAGUCGGAAGUCUUUUGAUCAUAAUUUACAGACAAAAGUUCCUGAUUCAGCAGAAAGACCAGAUAGAUAUGCUGAUAACUUAGGGCAUGGCGGGAAGUACUCUGAAAAGAGCUCUCAAAUGCAUGAAGGUUUCCUCCUGCAAAAAGAUAAACUUCAUAGAGAUACUCAAAAUGAGGAUGGUUAUGCUAAUGAGAGAAAGGUUCCAAGAAAUUCGAAGGAAGGUGGUACCCGAGGCAAACAGUCAGUGCCCUUGGAUCCUCAUUACCAGAAAGACGGUGAUGUGGCUGGAAAGAUGAAGGGGAAUGCACAAGUUUCCAGCCUGUUACUGGGGAGUUCACCAAAGGAUAACAGCAGAAAUGGUGCAGACACAUCCCCUGUUGUUCAUGGCAGAGGCAGUAAACUCCAAAGAGUUUCAGACUUGGAGUUGGGCGAACUUCGUGAGCCCUUGCUUGAGGAAACGACAGUUAAGAAGCAAUUUGAGAGGAAAAGUUCUUUUAAGCAGUCAGAUAACAAAACAAGCACUUCAGAGAACAGGGUUUCUGAAUUCAGUAAAGUGCAACCUGCAGGAAAGGCAAAUUUUGAUUUGGGAAGGCCAUCCCCUCCAGAUAAGCUUCCAAGUAAUCAGGAAGGCUUGAAUAAAAAGAGGAACUAUGAAGAUCGCAUUGAGGAUUUAACAAGGUCGCAACAGAGAGCUGUGCAGUCUCAGUCGCAACACCCAUCACGAGUAGAUCAUCCUGAUGUGGGGCGUUCGUUUAGCAAAACAGUGGAUCUUACUAGUAAAUCUCGACAGAAUGAAGCUGGAGGCAGACAAGCAAUUGGUGUGGCUGGACAUGGAGAAAGCAAUAAGAAAGCAACCUCAAGUGCUCCUCAGCAGCUUGACUCAAAGCGAAGGCUAGUUUCCCACCCCAUACAAGAAAGUAAAAGAGAUGCAUUCAAUAUAAUGGUGGAUUCAACUGAUGUACCAAAGAAAUCAAUGGUGGCAGAGGGCAUUGACAGUGAUAGAAAAAAGAGGGAUUCUUCUUCAGAUGAGAAUAGUUGUUCUUAUUCUAAGUAUGAGAAAAAUAAGCCCGAGUUCAAGGGACCAAUAAAAGAUUUCUCUCAGUACAAAGAGUAUGUGCAAGAAUAUCGUGAUAAGUAUGAUAGCUAUUGCUCGUUGAACAAGACCCUAGAGAGUUACAGAAAUGAGUUUGAAAAGCUAGGAAAGGACCUUGAUUAUGCUACUAAAGGCACAGAGAAAUAUGAAAACAUCCUGAGGCAGCUGAAGGAUUCAUAUCGUCAAUGUGGAACGAGACAUAAGAGGCUGAAAAGAAUAUUUAUGGUACUUCAUGAAGAAUUGAAGCACCUUAAGCAAAGGAUUAAGGACUUUGCAGUCUCAUACAUGGACUGAAAGAGGGAAUCUCAUCCUCGUCAUUCACUAUAAUUGAAACCUCUUCCUUCAGGCCCGAGGGUGUGACUAGGAAGUUAUAUGUUGAAAACAGCACAACAGAGUCCUCUCUCUCUGAAGAUGAACGCUCAUGUCACACAAUGAGAGAGCAUCCGCAGUUUUGCCGUGCCCGCCCAGUUUACCCGUAAAUAGCAUUUAACUCGUAUGUACAUUAGUUUUGUAUUCAGGUCAGGCCUUUUGUUCUUGUUUUGCCUGACCAGUUCAGCCUAUCCAGUUUAUUCGGGCUUCUUGACAUUGUGCUCUUUGUGCAUAUAGUUGUAUAUCAUAACACAGAUGGUAGGAAGAACUCAAAGAGUUGAUCAAAUAAGACUAAAUCAUUGAUACCAUUCAUGCAGA